AUGCAGCAGCAGAGCGGACAGAAUGAUGGCCCAAGCCUGAGCGAGGCUGCCAGUGCUGCUGACAAGGGCAGAAGGGCUAGCAAGUUCCGUCGGAGCUUAAGCUGCAUGCAGACUGUUCAGGAAACCCUUAAAGAAAAACAGGCCAGAUAUAAGGAAGCCCGAGAGAAUCGGAAGGCAAAGAUCAGUCCUACAUAUAAAUACAUUUUUGAAAUUCUAGCUGAUAGACUUGGGAUGGAACAAGCUAUGGUUGAAGAAUUUGUACUGGAUGCUCCAUCUCUUCAACCAUUUGAAAAUUUCUUUGCAAAGGGAGGAUGUAAAACGCUAUCAUUUUUUUACCAGGAAGCAGAGCCACCAGGAAUAGAGAGUGGCCGCACUAUCAUAGGAUCUGUAAAAGGGACGAAAAUAACAAGACUGUUUCUGGCCAUUUUAUCGGAGUCCAAUCUGAAGGGACAGUGCCUAUUCUUUGUGCGUUGCAAAAAUGAUAUUGCCAUCACACUGAAAAAUAUUCAUGAGGAAACCUAUUUUUCUAUGCUGGAUGCCUCUGAGGGGUUGCUGACAGGAACAAGAAACAUUUUGGCAAACAUUUUCUUUCCAGCUGUCUGUGCAACUGAGAACUGGGGCGCACUAAACCUGUCCAAGCAUGGAGAGAAGGAGAAACAGAAUUUCAAAGAUGGAAUCAGACGAUACAUUGCUUUCUUAGAUGGCACUAGAGUAAGCAUUGAGGGGGCUGUGAAGCUGAAGAAGGCUACUCUCAUUGAUCUCUCCAAACUGCAGUCCUUCGAGGAUCUGAUGACAGCAGCCUCAGAUGUGGAUAUGAUUGGUCAGCUAGAGGAAGUGCUUAUGAUGUGGUACAAACAGAUAGAACAGGUUCUUACAGAAAGUGACCAGAUGAGAAAAGAGGCUGAUGCUUCAGGCCCCUUAACUGAGCUGGAUCACUGGAAACGAAUGUCUGCUAAAUUCAGUUCCAUCAUUGAGCACAUCAAAGGGCAUGACUGCAAGACUGUCAUCCAUGCUUUAAAUAUCAGUCGCUCCAAAACACUUAAAGCAUGGAGAGAGCUGGAUGCAAGAAUUACUGAUUCUGCCAAUGAAGCAAAGGAUAAUGUAAAAUUUUUAUAUACACUGGAGAAGGUCUGUCAGCCUCUGUAUAACUGUGACCCGGUAACAAUGAUCAAAGGCAUCCCAAAUUUGAUUAAUGCCAUAAGAAUGAUUCACAGUGUUUCAAGGUACUAUAACACUUCAGAACGAAUGACAUCUCUCUUUAUAAAGGUCACAAACCAAAUGGUCACAGCAUCCAAAGCAUAUAUUACUGACAAUGGUGCAUCUCGUGUGUGGGACCAGGAAACUCCGGUUGUUAUUAAAAAGAUAGAGGAUUGCAUUUUCCUGUUUCGAGAGUAUCAGGCAUGUUUUCAUAAAACAAAGAAGCACACCCUGGAGACCCCAGGAGAGAAACCUUUUGAGGUAUCCGAGAUGUACAUAUUUGGGAAGUUUGAAGCAUUCUGCCGUAGACUGGAACAGAUCACAGAGAUGAUUACAGCAGUGAAAGUAUUGUCUGCUCUUAAUAAGUCCACAAUUGAAGGGAUAGAUCCCUUGGCUGGAAAAUUUCAAAAUAUCUACCUGAAUAUGAAGAAGAAGCAGUAUGAUAUUUUGGAUCCAAGAAAAACAGAAUUUGAAACAGACUUUUCAGAGUUUAUGGUCCAGGUCCAAAAUGUAGAGACUCAGCUGCAGGUGUUCAUGAAUUCCUGUUUUAUUAAGAUUCUGUCUUGCCAGCAUGCUGUGCUUUUGUUGCAAAGGUUUGAGAAAUUGAACAUACCCUGUCUUCAAUCAGAAAUAUCAAGCACUGUUGGUCUCAUUCUUCAGCACUAUGUUUCGGAAUUGGAACAUGCUAAGAAGCUCUAUCAAGCUAACAGAGAAGACCCACCUCUAGCCCGAAAUAUGCCUCCCGUUGCUGGGAAGAUACUAUGGGUGCGGCAGCUCUUUCGAAGAAUACAAGAACCCAUUGACUACAUACAUAAACAUUCUGACAUCUUGUCAAGUGCAGAGGGCAAGGAUGUAGUAAAAAUGUACAACAAGGUUGCCUACGUGUUUGUGGAGUUUGAGGUUCUGUACUACAGAGCAUGGAUGAAAGAGAUCUCACAGAUACAGUAUGCUUUACAAGCUACACUGUUGGUCCGUCACCCAGAAACAGGGAAAAUGUUGGUUAAUUUUGACCCUAAAAUCAUUGAACUUGUGAGAGAGACAAAAUGCAUGAUGACGAUGGGCCUAGAAGUACCUGAGCAAGCAAAGCGUCUGGUGAAAACGGAGAGCACUGUGAAAGCCAACCGAUUCCGUCUGGAGUCUCUUCUCUACAAUUAUGACAUGACCUGUCAAGGAAUUCCCACAAUGUUUGUUAACCUGAUGGCUUCAAAGAUUAAGAAAGUUGAGUCAGUGCUGCGACAUGGACUAACUAUAUUGAACUGGUCAUCACUCAUCCUGGACAGCUUCUUCCACAAAGUGGAUAUGGCCAUGUCUGAUUUGAACCAGCUUUUAAAGAAGGUGAAGGAUAUGUGUGAAAUGCAUAUUGAAGCUUCACUCCAGGAUAUUUCAACCACAGUACUUAUAGACUUGCCUGAGGAUGGUCCUUCCACACUAGAAGAUAUGCUUUCUAAAACUGAGAUUCAUUCAAAGGAGUGGGCAGAAAAUCUGGAUCACAAAAGUAGACAUAUAGAGGCAGCUGUGAAGGUGUUGAUAGACAUCUUUGAAAAAAUCUAUGAACCAAAGGAAAAAAAGAAAAUUCCACAUGACAUUAUUAUAGCAGGAACUAAACAUUUAGCAUUUAUAGAGGACAUUGACAUAUCAAAUGAUGAAGAGAUUUAUGUUGAUGAACAUCAUGAGGUUGAGAAGGAGGAUGAAUUUGAAAAGGAAUGCAAGGAGGUUUAUGCAUACUUUAGUCAUCAGUUAUUAGAUGCAUUACUGAAAGCCAGCCGCCUGUCUCUGGAUUCUCUGAAAAGAAGGGUUUUUGUCUCUGUAAAGGGCUUUUUUGGCCAUGCAAGUAAACCAGAGGAAUUGAUUACUUUUUUAAAAUCAGAAAUACACUUGGCUAUUCCUAAUGUGGUGAUGUUGCCCAGUCUGGACGAUAUCCAGCAAGUGAUCAAUCGAUUUGUCCACCUAAUUCUGGAGGUGACCCGUGGUGUGGCACAGUGGGGACAAGAGCGAGUUAUCAAGAUAACUAUACCGGAGGAGAAUCUUAACACAGCCAAGACAAAAUUGGCGGAGGAAAAUAUCCCUAAAAGGAAGUUAAAGAAUUUCUAUCAUAGUGUAGCUGAGCAUAAAGACAUUUCCAAAUUGGUGAUGCUACUCACCUCCUCUGUCAAUUCCUUGAGAAAACCUGCCAGUGAUGUUCUACAAGAAUUCCAUAAAUUCAAGGUUGUCUGGGGGGAGGACAGAGAUGACAAGGUCAAGCAAUUUAUGGCAAGCAACCCCAGUCUGACAGAAAUAAAGUCAGAAAUUUUGCAUUAUGUCAGAUUUGAACAAGAGAUUGAAGAAAUCAAACCCACCAUAAUUUUAGGAUCAAUAGAGCUGUUUACAGGACCAUUGAAGAUGUCAUUGGCAGUAGAAGCCAAAGCCUGGAAGAUGUUGCUUUGCAGGUACUUGAAUGAGGAGUACAAGAAGAAAAUGUCAGAUAUGAUAUCCUUCAUUGGGGAGCACCUGAAAAUGCUGUCUCGACCUCUCCAAGACCUAGAUGAUGUCAGAUUUGCAAUGCAGGCUUUGUUAGAAAUACGAGACACAGAAAUUCAGAUAGAUAUGACCUUGGGGCCUAUUGAAGAAGCCUAUUCCAUUCUGAACAAGUUUGAAGUAGAGGUGACUAAAGAGGAAGCUGAAGGAGUUGAUACCCUUAGAUACUCCUUUAUCAAGUUACAGUCAAAAGCAAGAUCUGUGCAAGAUGAGUUAGUUCAAGUGCAGCCCAAAUUUAAGAGUAACUUGUUGGAGUCAGUUACAAUUUUCCAGAAAGAUGUAUUUACAUUUAUUGAUGAGUAUGAUCGGGAGGGUCCAAUGGUCCCUGGAAUAGCACCUCAGGAAGCCAGCACUAGACUGCAGAUUUCUCAGGCUAGGUUUGAUGACCUAUGGAGGAAAUUUAUAACAUAUUCUUCUGGAGAACAGCUCUUUGGGCUACCAGUCACAGACUAUGAAUCUCUUCACAGAAGCAGGAAGGAACUGGGUCUCCUGCAGAAGCUUUAUGGCUUGUAUGACGCAGUCAUGAACAAAAUUAGUGGCUACUAUGAUCUUCUCUGGACAGAAGUAGACAUUGAAAAGAUUAAUGCAGAGCUUCUUGACUUUCAGAACAGGUGCCGAAAGCUUCCAAAAGGCCUGAAAGACUGGAAGGCGUUUUUGGACCUGAAAAAGAGGAUUGAUGAUUUCAGUGAGUCAUGUCCUAUCUUAGAAAUGAUGGCUAACAAAUCAAUGAAACAAAGACACUGGGAUCGAAUGGCAGACCUGACAGGACAUAAAUUUGAUGUGGAGUCUGAUACUUUCUGCUUACAAAACAUAAUGGAAGCACCGCUGCUUAAGUACAAGGAAGACAUUGAGGAUAUCUGUAUUUCUGCUGUGAAGGAGAAGGAUAUUGAAGCCAAGCUUUCUCAGGUGGUGGAUAUCUGGUCCAGCAUGACACUUAGUUUUGCAGCCUUUAAAGGUAGAGGAGAGCUAAUGCUCAAAGGAACAGAGACUUCAGAGAUUGUGGCAGCAAUGGAGGACAGUUUAAUGGUCUUGGGCUCUUUACUUAGUAAUAGGUACAAUGCACCCUUCAAGAAGGAUAUCCAGAACUGGGUUUCCAAGCUUUCCUCUUCCACAGAUAUCAUCGAACAGUGGCUUAUAGUACAGAAUCUGUGGGUGUACCUGGAGGCAGUCUUUGUUGGUGGAGAUAUUGCAAAGCAACUUCCACAGGAAGCAAAACGAUUCCAGAACAUUGACAAGUCCUGGAUAAAAAUAAUGCAGCGUGCACAUGAAAUACCUAAUGCUGUCCAUUGCUGUGUUGGUGACGAGACGAUGGGACAGCUUUUACCUCAUUUGCAGGAGCAGCUUGACCUCUGCCAGAAAUCUCUAACUGGGUACCUUGAGCGAAAGAGGCUGCUGUUUCCUAGAUUUUUUUUUGUAUCUGACCCAGCACUUUUGGAAAUCCUUGGACAAGCCAGUGAUUCACACACCAUUCAGGCGCAUCUUCUUGGAGUAUUCGACAAUGUGAAUGAAGCAGAGUUCCAUCCGAAGGAUUAUGACCGGAUUAUCUCCGUCAUUUCGAGGGAAGGAGAAAAAAUACCACUAGACAGUCCAGUAAUUGCUAGGGGGCCUGUAGAACUCUGGCUGGCAGAGCUUUUACAGCAGCAGCAAAUCUCAUUGCAUUCGGUCAUUAAAUCAGCCUAUAUGCAGAUCAAUGACUCUGGAUUCCAGCUACUCAGCUUCCUUUAUCAGUUCCCGUCACAGGUUGGAUUACUAGGAAUUCAGAUGUUGUGGACAAGAGAUUCAGAAGAAGCCCUAAACAAUGCAAAAGAUGAUAAGAAAAUAAUGCCACUAGCAAACCAGAAGUUCCUGGACCUGCUCAACACACUUAUCAGCCAAACAACACACGAUUUAACCAAAUUUGAUAGAGUGAAGUUUGAAACCCUCGUUACAAUCCACGUGCACCAAAGGGAUAUCUUUGAUGACCUGGUGAAAAUGCACAUCCGGUCUGUGACAGAUUUUGAAUGGCUGAAACAAAGCAGAUUUUAUUUCAAAGAUGACGUGGACCAGGUCAUAGUGUCUAUUACUGAUGUGGAUUUUGUGUAUCAGAAUGAGUUUCUGGGCUGCACUGACCGCCUGGUUAUCACCCCUUUAACAGACAGGUGCUAUAUAACCCUAUCCCAGGCUUUAGGAAUGAGUAUGGGAGGUGCUCCAGCAGGGCCAGCUGGAACUGGAAAGACUGAAACAACCAAAGACAUGGGAAAGGCCCUGGGGAAAUAUGUGGUGGUGUUCAACUGCUCAGAUCAGAUGGACUUUAGAGGACUUGGCAGGAUUUACAAAGGCCUUGCUCAGUCAGGCUCCUGGGGCUGCUUUGAUGAGUUUAACCGAAUUGAUCUGGCUGUGCUGUCUGUAGCAGCUCAGCAAAUUUACAUUGUCUUGGUAGCACGAAAGGAGCGUAAAAAACAGUUUAUAUUCACAGACGGAGACUGUGUAGACCUGAAUCCAGAGUUUGGAUUAUUCAUUACUAUGAACCCUGGAUAUGCUGGGCGUCAAGAACUGCCAGAAAAUCUUAAAGUUCAGUUUAGGACAGUAUCUAUGAUGGUUCCUGACAGACAGAUUAUCAUGAGGGUGAAGCUGGCUAGCUGUGGAUUUAUAGAGAAUGUUAUACUGGCCCAGAAAUUCUAUGUCCUGUACAAACUAUGUGAGGAACAGCUAACUAAACAGGUCCAUUAUGACUUUGGUUUGAGAAACAUCUUGUCAGUGCUGAGGACACUUGGAGCACAGAAAAGGGCUCGUCCUUCAGACUCUGAGUCCAGUAUUGUAAUGAGAGUUCUGCGAGACAUGAACCUGUCCAAACUGGUGGAUGAAGAUGAGCCCUUGUUCCUAAGUCUCAUUAGCGAUCUCUUCCCAGGAAUACAGCUUGAUGGAAGCACCUAUGCAGAAUUACAGGCUGCUGUGGCAAAUCAAGUAGAGGCUGCUGGCUUGGUGAACCACCCCCCUUGGAACCUGAAACUUGUGCAGCUGUUUGAGACUGCCAGGGUGCGCCAUGGCUUGAUGACCCUGGGCCCCAGUGGCUCCGGGAAGACAGCGGUGACAAACAUCUUGAUGAGGGCAAUGACGGAGUGUGUCAGUUUACACAGGGAGAUGCGCAUGAACCCCAAGGCCAUCACUGCCCCUCAGAUGUUUGGCCGACUCGACCCCGCCACCAAUGACUGGACUGAUGGUAUUUUCUCAACACUCUGGAGGAAGACGCUGAAGACAAAGAAAGGUGAAAAUGUCUGGAUAAUUUUGGAUGGCCCAGUAGAUGCAAUCUGGAUUGAAAACUUAAACUCUGUCUUGGAUGACAACAAGACUCUAACUCUGGCUAAUGGUGACAGGAUCUGCAUGUCUCCAUCCUGUAAGCUGCUUUUCGAAGUCCACAACAUUGAGAACGCAUCUCCCGCUACAGUGUCCAGAGUGGGCAUGGUCUACAUCAGCUCUUCAGCACUGAGCUGGAAGCCAAUACUCAAGGCAUGGCUUAAUAAACGUAAUCCUCAAGAGGCUGAUAUACUACAGACCCUAUAUGACAAAGUGUUUGAAGAUGCAUACACCAACAUGAGGAUAAAUUUAAAUCCCAAAAUGCAGCUUCUGGAAUGUAAUUAUAUCAUUCAGUCCAUUAACUUGUUAGAAGGACUGAUCCCAACCAAAGAAGCAGGUGGAAUUCUGAACCCGCGGCAGGUGGAGCGCCUCUUUAUCUUCUCUCUGAUGUGGAGUGUGGGAGCCCUGCUGGAGCUGGAUAGCCGAAAUAAAUUGGAGGCAUUCUUGAGGAAGCACGAGAGCAAGAUAGAACUACCUGCAGUCAGUCCUGGGGAGACCAUGUUCGAGUUCUUUGUCAAUCAGAACGGUGACUGGGAACACUGGAGUAAGCGGGUUGUGGAGUAUGUUUACCCAGAAGAUUGUGUGCCAGAUUAUUCCUCAAUCCUUGUGCCCAAUGUCGAUAAUAUCAGGACCAAUUUCUUGAUGGAAACGAUUGCUAAACAGAACAAGGCAGUGCUUCUGACUGGGGAACAAGGGACAGCAAAGACUGUGAUGAUUAAAGGUUACAUGAAGAAGUUUGACCCUGAAACAGACUUAUCGAAGUCCUUGAACUUCUCAUCUGCCACUGAGCCCCUCAUGUUCCAGAGGACCAUUGAGAGCUAUGUUGACAAGCGGAUGGGUAGCACUUACGGGCCUCCAGGGGGCAGGAGGAUGACAGUAUUCAUUGAUGAUAUCAACAUGCCAGUGAUUAAUGAAUGGGGAGACCAGGUGACCAAUGAAAUAGUGCGACAGAUGAUGGAAAUGACAGGAAUGUACAGCUUGGAUAAACCAGGAGACUUCACUACCAUUGUGGAUGUUCAGUUAAUGGCUGCCAUGAUUCACCCAGGAGGAGGACGAAAUGAUAUCCCACAGCGACUGAAGAGACAGUUUACUGUGUUUAACUGCACACUCCCUUCCAACGCAUCUAUUGACAAGAUCUUCGGAAUCAUGGGACGUGGCUAUUUCCAUGCUUGCAGAGACUUCACACCUGAAAUCAGCAGCAUGAUAAACCUGCUGGUACCAGCAAGCAGGAUCCUCUGGCAGUGGACCAAGGUAAAAAUGCUGCCAACACCUUCUAAAUUCCACUACAUUUUCAAUCUGAGGGACCUGUCCAGGAUCUGGCAAGGCAUGUUGACCAUAAAACCUCCAGAAUGUGAAAGUCCCACAUUGGUACUGGCUUUGUUCAAGAGUGAAUGUACCAGGGUGAUAGCUGACAGGUUUGUGUCCGAAGAAGAUAAGGUCUGGUUUGAGAAGUCAAUUAUCCGUGUGGUCCAGGAGCAUGUGGACCCACAACUCGUGGAUCAUCUCCACCCAGAGCCCUACUUUGUGGAUUUCCUGAAGGACACUCCGGAGGCAACAGGAGAAGAGCCUGAAGAUUCAUCCUUCGAAGCUCCAAAAGUUUAUGAGCUGAUCCCAAGCUUUGAGUUCCUGUGUGAGAAGCUCCAGUUCUAUCAGGCACAGUACAAUGAAGCUGUCAGAGGAUCACGCCUUGACCUGGUUUUCUUUAAAGAUGCAAUGACACAUCUCAUCAAGAUAUCCCGUAUCAUUCGAACAGACUGUGGGAAUGCUCUGCUUGUUGGGGUUGGUGGAUCUGGAAAGCAGAGCCUCACCCGACUUGCAUCAUUUAUAGCAGGAUAUAAAAUAUUUCAAAUCACUUUAACCAGAACAUAUAGCAUAACUAACCUAAUGGAUGACCUAAAGCUCAUGUAUAGAGUGGCUGGAGCCGAUGGGAAAGGCAUCACCUUCGUGUUCACAGAUAACGAGGUUAAGGAGGAGGCCUUUUUGGAGUACCUGAACAACGUUUUGUCUUCUGGGGAGGUUUCCAACUUGUUUGCCCGUGAUGAGCUGGAUGAAAUCACCCAGGGGCUGAUCUCAGUGAUGAAGAAGGAGCUUCCUCGCCACCCCCCCACUUUUGACAACCUCUACGAAUACUUCAUCUCGCGAGCCAGGAAGAACUUGCAUGUGGUGCUCUGCUUCUCCCCUGUUGGGGAGAAGUUUCGUAGUCGAUCGUUGAAGUUCCCUGGCCUGAUUUCCGGCUGUACCAUGGACUGGUUCAGUCGCUGGCCCACUGAGGCCCUGGUAGCAGUGUCUCACUACUUCCUUUCUGAGUUUCACAUUGUCUGCUCUGCUGAAGUCAAAGUACAGGUGGAGCAGACUAUGGGGAGCUUCCACGACAAAGUCACUGUGACCUGUGAGACAUACUUCCAAAGGUAUCGGCGAAGAGCACAUGUGACACCGAAGUCCUACCUGUCUUUCAUCAAUGGUUACAAAACAGUUUAUGCUGAAAAGCAUGAGUAUAUAAAUGAUCUAGCUGUGCGCAUGAACACUGGUCUGUCCAAGCUGAUGGAGGCCAGCGAGUCUGUAGUUCAACUUUCUAAGGACCUGGCUGUGAAGGAGAAAGAACUUGCUGUGGCUUCUAUAAAGGCUGAAAAGGUGCUAGCUGAGGUAACACUAAGUGCAGAGGCUGCAUCUAUAGUGAAAAAUGAGGUCCAACAGGUGAAAGAUAAAGCUCAAAAAAUUGUAGAUGGUAUUGGAAAAGAGAAGGCUUACGCAGAGGUGAAACUGGAAGCUGCUAAGCCUGCCUUGGAGGAGGCAGAGGCUGCUUUAAAUACCAUUAAACCAGCAGAUAUUUCAACAGUGCGUAAACUGGCCAAACCACCACAUCUGAUUAUGAGAAUAAUGGACUGCUGCCUUUUACUGUUCCAAAGGAAGCUGGAAACCAUCACUAUGGACCCUGAGAGACCCUGCCACAAGCCAUCCUGGGGAGAGGCACAGAAGUUGUUGAGUGCUAGCGGUUUCCUGCAGAAUCUUCAGCAAUUCCCAAAGGACUCUAUCAAUGAGGAGACAGUAGAGCUACUGCAGCCUUACUUCCAGGUGGAGGACUACACCCUGGAGAAUGCCAAAAAGGUCUGCGGGAAUGUGGCAGGCCUGCUCUCCUGGACUCAAGCCAUGGCCACAUUCUUUGGGAUUAACAAAGAGGUCCUCCCGCUUAAGGCUAACCUGGUAAUUCAGGAAGGACGUCUGAUUGUAGCAAAUGCCGAACUCUCCAGUGCUCAGGCACAGCUGGAUGAGAAACAGUCCGAGCUGGACAGAGUACAAGCCAAGUUUGAUGCCGCCAUGAAGGAGAAGUUGGACUUGCUGAAUGAUGCAGAAGUAUGUAGAAGAAAAAUGCAAGCUGCAUCAAAACUAAUAGAUGGUCUAAGUGGAGAGAAAGUACGAUGGACCCAGCAAAGCAAAGAAUUUAAAUCACAGAUUAACAGGCUGGUUGGUGAUGUGCUGCUGGCCACUGGGUUCCUGUCCUACUGUGGCCCCUUCAAUCAGACCUUCCGCAACAUCCUUCUCAAGGAGACUUGGGAAGGGGAGAUGCGCUCACGCAAAAUCCCCUUCACUGACAACCUUAAUCUCAUCUCCAUGCUGGUAGAUCCACCCACGAUCAGUGAAUGGAACCUGCAGGGGCUGCCAGGGGAUGAUCUCUCUGUGCAGAACGGCAUAAUUGUAACAAAGGCAACCCGCUUCCCACUACUGAUAGACCCGCAGACUCAGGGCAAAAACUGGAUCAAGAAAAAAGAGAAAAACAACGAGCUGCAGGCAACCUCUCUGAAUCACAAGUACUUCCGCACGUACCUGGAGGACUGUCUGUCCCUAGGACGGCCGAUGCUCAUCGAGGAUGUGCGGGAGGAGCUGGAUCCAGCACUAGAUAACGUCUUAGAGAAGAACUAUAUCAAAUCAGGGUCAACUUACAAGGUGAAAGUGGGAGACAAAGAAGUAGACAUUAUGGAUAACUUCAGGCUUUACAUUACCACAAAGUUACCAAAUCCUGCCUACACCCCAGAGAUCAGUGCCAAAACCUCCAUUAUAGACUUCACUGUGACCAUGAAGGGCUUGGAGAAUCAGCUGCUGGGCAGAGUCAUUCUCACUGAGAAAUAUGAACUGGAGGCAGAGCGGGUAACGCUGAUAGAGGAUGUCACUGCAAACAAGCGCAAGAUGAAGGAGCUGGAAGAUAACCUGCUGUACAAGCUCAGUACCACUAAGGGUUCCCUGGUGGAUGACGAGUCUAUGAUCGGGAUCCUGAGCACUACAAAGCAGACCGCAGCAGAGGUGAGUGAGAAGCUGCAUGUUGCCGCAGAGACUGAGGUGAAGAUUAACAACGCACAGGAGGAGUACCGGCCUGCCGCCUCCCGCGGGAGUAUCCUCUACUUCCUCAUCACUGAGAUGAGCAUGGUCAACAUCAUGUACCAGACCUCCCUCUCGCAGUUCCUCAAGAUCUUCGACCUCUCCAUGGCCAAGUCAGAGAAGUCCCCGCUUGCUCAGAAGCGCAUCGGUAACAUCAUCGAGUUCCUGACCUUCGAGGUGUUCAAGUACAGUGUUAGAGGCUUCUAUGAGAACCACAAGUUCCUCUUCACACUGUUGCUGGCCCUCAAGAUUGACCUGCAGAAAGGAUACGUCAAGCACAAUGAGUUUCAGAUUCUUAUAAAAGGUGGAGCUGCCCUUGACCUGAAGGCCUGUCCUCACAAACCAUUCCGCUGGAUCCUAGACAUGACCUGGCUGAACUUGGUGGAGCUCAGUAAACUGACCCAGUUUUCAGAGAUCAUGAACCAGGUAUCUCGCAAUGAGAAGGGUUGGAAGUUGUGGUUUGACUCAGAUGCGCCUGAAGAGGAGGUGAUCCCUGAUGGAUACAGUGACUCUCUAGAUACGUUUCGGAAAUUGCUGCUCAUCAGGUCUUGGUGUCCUGACUGCACUCUCACCCAGGCCAGAAAGUACAUAGGCGACUCAAUGGGAGCAAAGUUUGCAGAAUCCGUGAUCCUGAACUUGGAGAAGACAUGGGAGGAGAGUGAUACGCGCACACCUCUCAUCUGCUUCCUGUCCAUGGGCUCUGAUCCUACCAAUCAGAUUGAUGCCUUAGCGAAGAGGCUGCGGCUGGAAUGUAGAGCUAUCUCUAUGGGACAGGGACAGGAGGUGCAUGCAAGGAGGCUUAUACAGAUGUCAAUGCAACAGGGCGGCUGGGUCCUGCUGCAGAACUGCCACCUAGGUCUGGAGUUCAUGGACGAACUGCUGGAGACCAUCACCACUACAGAGACCAUGAACGAGACCUUCCGUGUGUGGAUUACCACCGAGGCACACGAAAAGUUUCCAAUCACAUUGCUGCAGUCUUCCAUAAAGUUCACCAACGAGCCUCCUCAAGGAGUACGUGCAGGCCUGAAACGAACAUUCAUAGGGAUCAGUCAGGACCAACUGGAUGUCACUAACCUGCCCAUGUGGAAACCAAUGCUCUAUUCUGUGGCUUUUCUGCACACUUGUGUACAGGAGCGAAGGAAAUUUGGUCCCCUGGGCUGGAAUAUUCCCUACGAGUUUAAUUCCGCAGAUUUUACAGCAAGUGUCCAGUUUGUACAAAACCAUCUGGAUGAAUGUAGCACCAAGACGGGAGUUUCCUGGGUUACAGUGCGCUACAUGCUGGGAGAGGUGCAGUAUGGGGGCAGGGUCACAGAUGACUAUGAUAAGCGACUUCUCAACUGCUUUUCCAGGGUGUGGUUCAGUGAGAAGAUGUUUGAGCCGACCUUCUGUUUCUACACCAACUACAAGAUCCCUGUGUGUAAAACGGUGGAGCAGUAUCUGGAGUUCAUCCAGUCUCUGCCAGCAGUGGACACCCCCCAGGUGUUUGGCCUGCACCCCAACGCUGACAUCACGUAUCAGAGUAACACCUCCUCAGAGGUGUUGAACACCAUCACCAACAUCCAGCCUAAGGAAAGCGGAGGGGGUGCUGGGGAGACCAGGGAGACCAUUGUGUACAGAAUGGCACAAGACAUGCUGGAGAAGCUGCCUCCUAACUACCUACCACAUGAGGUAAAAGCCCGUCUGAUAAAAAUGGGAGCCCUGAGCUCCAUGAACAUUUUCCUGCGGCAGGAGAUAGACCGUAUGCAGAAGGUGAUCUCCCUGGUGAGGUCAAGCCUGAGCGACCUGAAACUGGCCAUCGAGGGCACCAUCAUCAUGAGUGAGAACCUGCGAGACGCUCUGGACAAUAUGUACGACGCCCGCAUCCCCAAGCUGUGGAAAAAGCUGUCCUGGGACUCAGCCACACUGGGCUUCUGGUUCACUGAGCUCCUGGAGAGGAACACCCAGUUCAGCACCUGGAUAUUCGAGGGUCGUCCCAAUGUCUUCUGGAUGACAGGAUUCUUCAAUCCGCAGGGGUUUUUGACUGCAAUGAGACAAGAAGUAACAAGAGCCCACAAAGGCUGGGCUCUGGAUACUGUCACUCUGCACAACGAGGUGCUGAAGCAAGUAAAGGAGGAGAUCACAUCAUCUCCUGCUGAAGGAGUGUAUGUGUAUGGGCUGUACCUGGACGGGGCUGGCUGGGACCGGAGGAAUGGCAAGCUGACAGAGUCCACCUCAAAGGUGCUCUUCACCUCCCUGCCUGUGGUGCACAUUUUCGCCAUCAACUCCACGGCUCCCAAGGACCCCAAGCUAUACAUAUGUCCAGUCUACAAGAAACCGCGUCGCACUGACCUCACCUACAUCACUGCAGUGUGCCUGCGUACCAGCCAGCCCCCCGAUCACUGGAUCCUGCGUGGAGUUGCCCUUCUGUGUGACAUCAAGUAAGCUGCUACUUUGCUGUUUGUACUCAGUACCAUGCAGUCUUCUCAGAGCAUUGUUGUCGUUAAAAAA